UUUUCUCUUUGUCCAAAUUUUUCAUCUUCUAUUUUAUUGAGUUUUACCAUUAAAGCGUCUUUAUUCAUGUCCCAUUCUAGUCCCAAUAUUUUACUCGGAUUUUUCUGUUCUUUAUCUCCAAAUAAUUUAUUAACAGUAGGAGAAUUGGCAUUAAAUUCGUGUAGAUCCAUUUUAGCUUCCUUAAAUAUUUUAAUAGCAUUUUUACAUUUAUCUAUAGCUUCUUUCUCACUUCUGGGGCACCACUUCUUCUCACUUCUGGGGCACCACUACAUUUAUCUAUAG